AUGAUUUUGACAAUUAUAUUUCCUUUCUCCUUGGAAUAUUACGGAGGGGGAAGUUAUGGGGGUUAUGGUGGUGGGGGUUAUGGCGGUGGAAGUUAUGGAGGGGGAAGCUAUGGAAGGGGAAGCUAUGGAGGUAGUGGUUAUAAGUAUGGACUUGGAGGUGGUGGGGGACAUCAAAAAGUCCCAACAUAUCAACAGGCAAAUCCUGGUUUUGCACAAGGAUAUGCUUAUCGUGUACCUGUAGUUCAACCUUGUGGUGUAUAUUAUCCUUGCCCUCCUCCCACUGUUCCAACCUCAACUUCAACUGAAAGUACAACAACUACACCGGCAGAAACAACUGAAAUUGAAACUACCACAGAGGAGGGAACUACAGUUGAGGAUACUACAAUUCAAGAAACUACAAUUGAGGAUAAUACUAGCGAAAGUCCUACGGAAGGGAGUACAGAUGAGGGAAGUACAGGAACUACAGUUGAGGAUACUACAAUUCAAGAAACUACAAUUGAGGAUAAUACUAGCGAAAGUCCUACGGAAGGGAGUACAGAUGAGGGAAGUACAGUUGAGGAUACAACAAUAGAGGGAAGUACAAAUGGAGCUCGUUAA